CUGUAAAUAGAGGUCCUUCAGAUGCGGCGCAUGCUUUGUAUCGCCUCUCCCACAGCUGCAGUGAAAACACCGGUGUCUCGCUCAAAUGUGACCGCAGCGGCGCUAGUUUGCAGCCUUCUUUCUGCCACGUUUUGAUUGCUUGACCAAAGGAUGUCUCGUCCUUCUCCAUCCCCCAUUUACACCCUGAGGGGGGCAGGCGGACCCCUUAACACACUUCACUUUAGCUGCCAAGGAGAGGGCACUCCCCUCCUGUUCUCUGGGUCAGGAAAGGGUGCCAUACAUAUCUGGAACCUGAACAGCAGGAGGGCAGAGAAGAUCAUAGAAGCUCACUCUGGUAACUCUGUCAUCUGGGUCAGCACACUGCAGUCAGCAGAUGCACUCAUCAGUCAGGGCCGGGACAUGCAGGUCUGCCGGUGGGACGUGAGUGAAGGUCGCAGUGAGCUGGUGGAGUCUGUGCGGACUGGCAGUGUUGGAUACUGUCAGUGCUCCCUUCUAGAGAUGAGCCCUGCAAAUUACCUUCUGGCCUACGCUGGGGAGCAGACGGAGGAGAUCAAGAUUAUCGAGCUGCCCAGUAAGACUGCAGUCUGCACCCUUGUGCCAGAAGAAAAGCUGGGGAUGGUCAUGUGUCUAAAACUAUGGCAGCCAGACUCGGGCUCUGGGCCUCUCCUGUUAGCUGGAUACGAGAAUGGCUCUCUGUUGCUGUGGGACGUAACCCAGAGGUCCAAGUUGAGCCAAGUCAAAGCCCACCCUGAGCCUGUCAUGUGCCUGACCUUUGACACCACAAGUCUGAGGGGCGUAUCGGGCUCCUCUGAGAAGACGCUCUCCUCCUGGAGCCUGGAUGGACAGAGCAACCUGCAGCUGCAGGACUGCGUGACGCUGGUCAACCCCGGGGUUUCCCAGCUGUGUAUCCGCAUGGAUCGUAAACUCCUGGCUUCAGCAGGUUGGGACCACCGGAUAAGAGUAUUUGGCUGGAAGAAGCUCCGGCCGCUGGCGGUACUACAGUACCACACAGACAUGGUGCUCAGUGUAGCUUUCUCUGACCACCGGGACCCCAGACAAAGAGUCCUGGCUGCUGGAUCAAAGGACCAGCGAAUCAGCCUCUGGUCAGUUUACAAUGAGGGAACGGACACAGGCUGAGUCACUGAGCUCUGAGAAGAUUUACAGAUUUAUGAUCAAUACUACAUUCAUACAUUACAAUCAUGUGUGCUGAUACAAUAUGGAAAUAGAUUGUGCUUCUCAUGUACUGACAUUACAGUUGAGCUAUGAACAGCUACCUACUGACAACCACGUGAAACUCAGGAGUCCGUGUUUCACUCCUUAGCGCUGUACAGCUGCAGAAUUAAAGCACUUCAAUUCUUUUUGAUACAGAUUAAAUAAAGGAUCGUCUUCAUGGUCGGAAGAUGCCGGUGAAUACAUGAUCACAACUGAUUUCCAUGUUCAGUCUUUACAAGUUAGACCAACUGCAGCAUCUUAUCAAAGUUGUAUUGGUAUGUUCUGAUGUAUAUAUACUGAUUAUGUUUUUAUUUAUCUCUGAGAAUAGCGAGGAAGGGGUCAAUGUGAAAAUACAAAGAAAGUAUAUUGGUCUCCAAAAUAAAAUAAAAUCUUUAUUUUCACUCAUUAUAUUUUAGUGUGCUUUAAAAAAAAAAAAUUAAAUAUAUCAUGUCAAAGCUGAACCACCAUUAUUUCCAUUUCUAUUAAGCUGACUGGAAUUCCUGAUGACUUUUAACUGCUCCAUGCAGCUAUGUGAUUGUGUUGACCUAUCUGAAAGGAAAUUUGCUUCAGUGGACUUGAAUUUAAGGUAUACGCCGCACCUGAGCAGCUACGUAAUCUCAUGUUGUUAUUCUAGCAGGCUUUAGUUUAGCACACAGGCCUUGCAGUCUGACCUGAGCUGUGUUUGUCAAACAAAAGUAAAUCACAGUGUGGCGGGGGGGGGGGCAGAACAGAAGGAUAGUGGUUUGGUGUUGCUUUCCCUGAUCUGCGUAAUCAGUUUAUGAGCUCAUUUUAUAAGAAGUAUACCUGCUUUGAGAUAAACUAAUAAAUGUGAACUCCUUUAGCGCUCGUGUCGAAACGUGUCAAGUUGAAAAUUAAGCAAAGGUUCUGUUUAAUUUGCUGUGUGACAGUUGUUAGCAUUUAGAUUUGUAAUGCCGAAUGCAGACGUCCUUUAAAGAAGAUGACAUUUGUCAAGAAGGUUAAGGGUCUUAAAGGAAAAUCAAGAUGUUUUGUUUUUCUUUUCAUUCUUUUGCAAUAUAUCUGAGAGUCGACGAGCAUCAUGGGAGCUCAUAUGUUACUACACCGUGCCGAGAGGUCGGAAGGGGGGGGGGGAGGCAGAGCUUCAAACACCAGACGUUCUGCUUCGUAACGGCUUUGGCUCCGGGGAUGAUCCCAAGUUGAGAAGCUCGUCAUGGUGUACAGGACAGGCCUGAGAAAUCAAAGAGCCAGAGCAGCACAAUGGCCUUGAAUCAUUAGCCAGCAUAGAAAAGACAAGGUCAUUAUUGAGACAAGCUGCUUUUCUGUGAAGCUGCUGCCAAAAUUGUACCUGAACUUUAAAUUCGUUGAAAGCUUUUAUUUCACUUAAAAGUCCAUGUAUAAACCGUCUAUCAUUUUUUUUUUUUGUAUUUUUUAGUAUCCCCCGCAGAGUAUACGUUUUGUCCCUACACUUCCUGUGACACCUUGCAUUCAUAAUGUCUUCCUAACUCCUUUGUUGGCUUUGAACAAACACUGGAGGUGAUGUAGGCAAGCUUCCGUCCAUUCUCUGAUAAAUCAAAUGCUUGGUCCUAUUGGUGUAGAUGUCUGCUGAACGGAGCAGACAACAACCCAGUAGCUUCACAAGUGUCCGGCUGUAUGGCGGUAAACCUCGUAAAUCACUCCAUAAUGGAUCAUUUAGGAAGUCAAUAAACGGGGAAGAGAGACUGUCUGCACAAUAGGCCUUGUGCUUCACUUAUCACCUAACAUGUGUCUUCCUUGGCCCUUAAGGUCAGAGGUCAGCCUGGUUUAGGGAUGGGACAUAAUCCGUUAGGGUGCACGUGUGUGUGCGCAGUCAAUGCAGUCUCUCCCUAAGCCUUCAUGGAUUAUAUUACUAGCUCAGAUGUCACACUGAGACUGAUUAUUUAGACAUUGUGAAAAAGAGCGUCCAAAAGAAAAUAACCCGUUGCCCACAAGCCAAGAUCAAUGUUUUACCUCACGGCUAAGUUGGUUUUAUUUGUUUUUUCAUAUGUGAAUUAAUACAAAUGUAUCUAGGCUCUCGCUGUGUGGUGGGGAUUUGUUUUGAUGUUCCACGUAAAAUGUCCGUCAGCAAUAUCACACAUAGGAUAAAUCGUAGCAGGUCUCGCGCUGUUUGAGAGGCCGUCGUAGGGACAAAUAUGCAAAGCAUGUGUUCUGUUGUUUAGGUGGCGGACUGCAGCUAGUUUACCUGGAUCGCUUUCAAUAAGUGUCCCCAGAUACCGCAGGAGGGUUCCGCACGCCAAGGUGAAGCGAACGCCGCCCCGACGGGCCCGUCACAGCAGAUGUUCCAGAUGCAGCUGAGUGUCAAAUGAUGUUUCGGGUGGCGGCAUCGUCCAUCUUAGCUCUUUUAAUGUGGGAGCUCCUCUGCAUCCUGUCCCUGCUGGCAUGACGAAUCGAGGCACAUCGGCGGUUACACAAUUUAAGUAGAUUUGUGCAAAUGACACUGAAAUAUUGACUUUUAAAAUGGCCCAGACCUUUGGAAAGUGUGGCAGUACCAUUUCAUGUGCAUGCGUGGAAAUGUAACACACAAUAUGUAUGUGAAUACAUCUUUGAAUGCUGCGACCAUACUGAUUAUGUUUAGUUCAUACUGAUGUGUAAUUCAUCACAGUUUCUCCAGUAGGCGCAAUUUCCCCAAUUUUCCACAGCCUGAGGCUUUCAAAGUCACGUCUAGACUGAUGCAUAUAUUAUACCAGGGACACCCGUUCACUAAGGACUGUGUCUGAGCGCGCAGCAUAUAAAGAAUCUUUUCAUUGUUGUGCACAGUUUGGUAUAAAUUAAACAGCUACAAAUAGGGAAGACCUGAAGAAAAUAGCAGUAUUGUGACUGAAAUGUUGACAUUUUAUUACUUUAGCAUUUCAUCUUACAUUACACUCUGUUGCACUUCAUAAAUAAAUACUGACCUGAACUCUGCUACAUUUAUUUUACAACUUUAUUUAUGUAGUUGGGUUUUCUGAUUCAUUUUCAUAGAUUAAACUAGCCAAAAGCAGACAAAGUAGCAGUAUCUUAACAUGCUUAUUCAGAACUUCAUAGGCCUUUAUAAUAGAACAAAAAGGAGUCAGCUGCAUGCAGGCUGUAUAAAAGACUAAUAUGUAUAAAGCCUGUGUAUACUGUCAGUCGUUAGUGUUUAGAUGGUUUAAAUACUUUUUGCUGACUUUAAGUGGUUUUCUUAGAAGUCGGUUUGAAAGUUUUUAUGUACUAUUUUUUAUUAGUACCAUAUCUGCAGAAAUGGAAAUAUAAAACACUUUUGUGGUAUUUUUAUUUUAUUUUUAAGUUCUUUCUUACCUCUUUAUUCUGAAUUAACUGAAAACUCUUUUACAGUGUAUUUUAAGAUGUGUUUAAAAAUGUAAAGACAUUGUUAAAACUCAGUUAAAAAAAAUAGGAUGCAUAAAUAAAUUAGAUGCAGUUGAAAUCUUUAUGGACAUCACAUUUCUAUUGAUAUUAUUUAUGAGGAUAAAUUUAAUAAAUGUCUUGUGACUGUCAAAAGUUUUUUUUUGUGUGUGUGGUCACUGACCUUGGGGGUCAGAGUUACUUAAACUAGUUUCACCGCACUACCACGUCUAUUAGCACAGUCACUGAUGUGCCUUCUGUGCUGUGAAACCUAUAAUUAGUCCCAAUAUACCCUUUUGACCCUUUCUAACCGACUAGUUACCCUCGCCUAACCUUAUCACGUGUCCCGGGGGUACAUAUGCAGUCUAAGGAAUAAACUCCUACUACCUGGCUGGUCUUCAACAACCGCCGGCCGGAUUCAGCUCACACCGAAUGGCUUUACGCCUCCAGACCGCUGCUUAUCCCUACUGGACACGCAUGAAAGAAAAUAAAAUAAAUAAUAAUAAUUAAAAGAUUUUGUGAAUUAUUUUUUGAUGCGGGUAACAUAUUUGCUUUGCUUUUCGUAAAAAAAAUUUUUUAAAUCGUUUUUAGUGAUACAUUGUGACUCCAUGUGGAAAAAAAUUUAACAGUUAAACCGUUAGGUGGGUAAUGCAACACCACACACACACGCGCGCGCGAGGAAAAGGCCUCUACCGUUUCUAAAAUUAAAACUAUACCUUGUGAAUGUAAAUAAUACACAUACAUAGGUAGAGUAGCAUGCUGCGUGAAUGUGUAUUUUUGUUUGUUAAAGAAACAAAUCAGCUUUUCUUUUGCUAAUGUUGGGCAGCUAGCAUAAAACUAUUACACAUCCGGGUCCUAAUUAGCUUUCUAACGAAACCUUGCUGGCGCGGCCUGUGUAUAAACCUUUGUUGCAAACGCAAUAACUUUAAACUUUAGUCCCCACCCAAACAAGCGAAAACAAUUAGACAUCUAAUUAGCGUUUAAAUGAGUGGAAACAUUAUUUAACCUCUGUCACCUUUACAAGCCAUUAAACAGUCAGGCCAGGCGCCCUCAGGCAUCCCCCUCUGCUAAAUGACGGCCGGCUUCAAGAGAGAGAAAAAAAUACAUUAUUGAAAUGAAUCAUUAGUUUACGUUUCCUUUUGUAUCGUCACAGGCACAAAUCCCAAAGCAGAAUUUCCCCCAUUUCAGACAGAUUAACCUUGACAACAAAGCAUUCCUCAGAGGGCUUCAAAUAGGAGAUGGAAAUGACCGCACAGAUAAGAGGAAGGUCACAUUCUCAAAAUAUCGCCCCACUGUCCUAUUAUAUAUGAGCAAUGAUAUCCUUUUGACGGGAAAACGACAAAUGUGGGGGUUUUGUUUUUUGUUUUGGCCUGUUUGCGCCCCAUACAAUUUAUUUUCUAUGUUUUGAUAAGUAAGUACCUGAAAACAUGAAAAUUACUUCAUAAGUUACUGUUUGAGAAAAUAAUUUGUAAUAAUAGCAUGACAUUCAAAAUUCAUUGUCUAUGAGUCACACAUAUGCAAUUUGUAUCUUGUUGUAUCAAUAGUACCAAAAGGUUUUAAUUUUAAAGACUUUUACUGCCGCCUUGCAAUAAAUUUAAUGCAUUAAACUACUAAACUGCAGUAAUGUGAACAGAGCCGAUUUACUCUACUUGAGGAUAUGCAAGAUGUGUGGUUGAUGAAUGCAUUUGUGUAUGAGUGUGUGUUUUUAUGAAUCCAGGUGCAGAUUUUAACAUUUUGAACUAUAAAGGGCUCUUAUGUUUACACAGCUUCCAAGUCAUGCCUGCCAGUGACUGAAACAGCAGCAGGGGACAC